AAAUCAACUCGCCGGUACGUCCCGCUGCGUCUGUCUCACUGUCUGCGACACUCACAAAAUCUGGAGUCUGAGAUGGCAAAUUCAGCAGAAGAUCAAGAACACCCAGUUGAGGCAUUUGGAUGGGCAGCUACACAGCCUAAAGGCCUUCUCUCCCCUUUCAACUUCUCCCGAAGAGCAACCGGCGAUCAUGACGUGAGGUUUAAGGUAUUGUAUUGUGGAAUAUGUCACUCUGACCUUCACGCUGUCAACAACGAUUGGGGUCUCUCCCUCUACCCUAUUGUUCCUGGGCACGAGGUUGUGGGUGAAGUUACAGAGGUAGGGAAGGAAGUGAAGAAGGUGAAGGUCGGAGACAAAGUAGGUGUGGGAUGCAUGAUCGGUGCCUGCCAUGCCUGCGACGACUGUAACAAUGACCUUGAGAAUUACUGUCCCGGCAUGAUCCUCACCUACAGUUCCACCUACCACGACGGAACCGUCACUCACGGAGGCUACUCCGACCACAUGGUCGCCCACCACCGCUACGUUGUCCUCUUCCCAGACACCAUGCCCCUCCACGCCGGAGCUCCUCUGCUCUGCGCCGGCAUCACUGUCUACAGUCCCUUGAAAUAUUAUGGACUCGCGGAGCCCGGCAAACACGUCGGUGUGGUCGGCCUCGGUGGUCUCGGCCAUCUUGCUGUCAAAUUUGCCAGGGCUCUUGGCGCCAAAGUUACUGUCAUUAGUACCUCUCACAGUAAACAAGACGAAGCACUUCACCGCCUUGGAGCUCAUUCGUUUCUGCUUAGCAGUGAUCAGCAUCAAAUGCAGGAAGCCACGGGAACGAUGGAUGGUAUCAUCGACACGGUGUCUGCUGUGCACAGUUUAUCGCCAUUGAUAAAGUUACUAAAGUCGCACGGAAAGCUGGUAAUGGUGGGCGCACCAGAGAAACCUUUUGAGCUACUGGUCUUUCCUGAUCUCGCAAUGGGGAGGAAGAUGGUAGGAGGGAGUGCCAUAGGAGGAAUGAAGGAGACUCAAGAAAUGAUUGAUUUCGCAGCAAAGCACAACGUCACUGCAGAUGUUGAAGUAAUCCCAAUGGAUUAUGUCAACACUGCCAUGGAACGUCUUGCCAGAGCGGACGUUAGAUAUCGGUUUGUAAUUGACAUCGGCAACAGCUUGGCUGCUACUAAGCUUUGAGCCAACCAAACUGGAUAUUAUUCUGAGAUUAAAGUUUGUGUGUUUGGAUCCUCUGGCCUAAAAUCAGUUUGUAACAUGAUUUAUGAUUGAAUAUUUUAAUUUGAUAUGUUAAAACUUGUUUGAAUUAUAUAAUUCGAAAGCAUGUUUAAAUAUGAAAUGAGUGAAACCAAUGGACGAGUUUUAUAAA